GCAGCGCCAGGCGGUGGUGGAGGCGGGGCAGGUGGGCUGGUUGCUAAGACUUGGUGAAACGCCGCGCUCCUGCCGGUAUCCUCAGUCAGAACCAUACCGAGGAUGGACCCCGCCCUGGGCAUCAUGGAGCUGCGUGGGGAUGUGAAGGCCGGGAGCCCUGAGGGAGAGCUGGCAUCGUGGGAAGCCCUCCCAGUCCUGUCUGAGCAGCAGUCGGGGGACGUGGAGCUGGUACUGGCCUACGCUGCACCUGUCCUGGACAAGCGCCAGACCUCACGCCUCCUGAAGGAGGUGUCAGCUGUCCACCCGCUGCCUGCACAGCCUCAUCUUAAAAGAGUGCGUCCCAGCCGAGACCCUAGCCGCCCACACACGCUGGAGAUGCUGCUAUGCCUGGCGGGGCCAGCCGCAGGCACACGAUCGCUGGCCGAGCUCCUUCCGACACCAGCCGUGGACCCCUGCGGCCUGGGUCAGCCCUUUCUCGUGCCCGUGCCUGCCCGGCCGCCGCUGACCAGGGACCAAUUUGAGGAGGCGCGCACCCACUGGCCCACGUCCUUCCAUGAGGACAGGCAGGUGACCCGAGCCCUGGCCGGGCAGCUCUUCUCAGCGCAGGAGCGAGCUGUGAUGCAGGGCCACAUGGAACGGGCUGUGUGGGCGGCACAGCAGGCGGCCUCCAGGGGCCUGAGGGCUGUGGGGGCAGUGGUGGUGGACCCGGCCUCGGGCCGUGUGCUGGCCACAGGCCACGACUGUAGUGGCACGGCCACCCCCCUACUGCAUGCCGCCAUGGUAUGCAUUGACCUGGUGGCGCAGGGCCAGGGCCGUGGCACCUAUGACCUCACACACCACCCUGCCUGCUCCUUUGCCCCAGCUGCUGCCCCCGAGAGUGUCCGUGUCGGCUCUGUGCGCAAACUGGAAGAGGACAUGGAUGGCCUUCCCUAUGUAUGCACCGGCUAUGACCUGUAUGUUACCCGUGAGCCCUGUGCCAUGUGCGCUAUGGCCUUGGUGCACUCGCGUGUGCGACGCGUCUUCUAUGGGGCACCCUCGCCCGAUGGUGCACUGGGCACCCACUUCCGCAUCCAUGCCCGGCCUGAUCUCAACCACCGCUUCCAGGCCUUCCGCGGUGUGCUGGAGGCCCAGUGCUGCCAGCUGGACCCUGAUGCGUAGGUGCCUGGCUCUGGACUUCCUCAGCCUCCCUUGCAGUCACCAGGGGCUGCUGUCCCACCACAGUUUAGAAACACUUGCCUCCCAGCCUGGAGCCCACACGCACUGUUCCAGCUGGCUCAUGGAGCGCAUUCCUGCCUGGAUGAACCCUUCCCUGGGUGUGAGCAUGGCAGGUGUCCCGCCAGGCCAUGUAGCUGGGCGCCUUCAGACUGGAGCCCCCGGGUCCACUGGGAUCGUGUCUUCUUUUCUCAGGUGUCAGGUAUCAGCUCUUAUGUGUGAAAAUAAACAAGUUAAAACCA